CAACAUUCUCUUUCUCUUUCUCCAAUUCUCUCUUCUCAAAGCUAAACAAUGCGCAGUCUCAGUGGCAUUCUCGUGAUUUACAUAAUCUCCACUGUCCUCUUUGGACAUUUCACUUACGUGACACAAGGAAGAUACCAUUACCACAAGAGUCGUCACGGCCGAACGCAUCCUCUUCCUCCUCCUCCUCCUCCUCUUGAAACGGCCAAUCCACCUGAUCAAGUACCCUCUGACCCGUAUCCGGAUCCAAACCCGGCUCCGGGAGAUUCCGACUCAUGUGUUUUUGACGUUACGUCGUUUGGGGCAGUGGGUGAUGGCUCAUGCGACGAUACGGCAGCGUUUCAAAAUGCAUGGAAAGCCGCUUGUGCUGUUGAAUCCGGCGUCGUUUUGGCACCUGAAGGCGGCGUUUUUAAAAUCACCUCCACUAUCUUCUCCGGUCCAUGUAAACCGGGACUCGUAUUUCAGUUGGACGGCGUGUUGAUGCCACCGGACGGACCAGAAGAAUGGCCAGAGAAAGACAAUAAAAACCAGUGGUUGGUUUUUUACCGCCUCGACGGUGUCACAUUUUCCGGCAAAGGCACCGUCGAAGGCAAUGGUCAAAAAUGGUGGGAUCUACCUUGCAAGCCCCACAGGGGUCCAGACGGAUCAUCAUCGUCGGGACCAUGCGAAAGUCCGACUAUGAUUAGGUUUUUCAUGAGCAAUAAUAUAGAGGUGAAAGGAUUACGAAUCCAAAACAGUCCACAAUUUCACAUGAAAUUCGACGGAUGUCAAGGAGUACUAAUAAACGAAAUCCAAAUUUCGUCACCGAAACUAAGUCCAAACACCGAUGGUAUCCAUCUCGGAAACACAAGAUCUGUUGGCAUCUACAAUUCUGUCGUUAGCAACGGGGACGAUUGCAUUUCGAUUGGAACUGGCUGCUCAGAUGUUGACAUUCAAGGUGUCACUUGUGGCCCUAGUCACGGGAUCAGUAUUGGGAGUUUAGGCGUACACAAUUCACAAGCCUGCGUUUCAAACAUAACAGUUCGAAACACCGUGAUUCGUGAUUCCGAUAACGGUCUCCGAGUCAAAACAUGGCAAGGCGGCACCGGAUCAGUCUCAAAUCUCCUCUUCGAAAACAUCCAAAUGGAGAACGUUCUCAAUUGCAUAAUCGUCGACCAAUACUACUGCCAAUCCAAAGAUUGCCGCAACGAAACAUCGGCGGUUAAAGUCUUCGACGUCGAGUAUCGAAACAUCAAAGGAACUUACGACGUCAGAAGUCCACCGAUUCAUUUCGCAUGUAGUGAUACCGUCGCUUGUACGAAUAUAACGAUGUCGGAGGUUGAGUUAUUGCCGGAGGAAGGUGAGCUUGUUGAUGAUCCGUUUUGUUGGAAUGCUUAUGGGACUCAAGAGACGUUGACGAUUCCGCCGAUUGAUUGUUUGCUUGGUGGAUCUCCGGUGGUGGAGGAAGUGUAUGAUUCGAAUUAUAUUUGUUGAAUCUCUCCGGUGAAUCUGGACGGUGGGUAAUGUGCCACGUGGAUGGAUAAGGUUUGAACUAUUUUUAGUUGUUGUAUGUAUGUAUAUUGGGCCAUCCCUUGUAGGGCCUUUUAGUGGAAAGCCUUAUUUGUGCGAUGAGAUUUUUAAGCAUUUUAGAUGCUGUCUCUAUGGGCUUAUAUUAUUUUUCGUCCAUUAUAAAUUUUAUUUGUCUAU